UGUUUUGCAUAAUCGAUUUUUUUGCCAUUAAAGUAUUCGACGAACCCCACUGCAAGGCAGAAUCUAUCUCAAAUGUGUUUUCUGUUUGAGUUUUUGAGUACACGUUGAUAUUCUUUGUAAUAUUCUUCUGGCUGCGUAGGAAUCAAUUCAUUCCAGCAUCUGAAUUUCAGUUUCUUCGAAUUGGCGAGAUGGGAUUUUUACAAAUCGGUUCAGAAGUUCAUUUCAGGCCGAGUUCAUGAAAAGUUGCGGCUCUCUUGGCCUUGAGGGUUUAUUCUCAUUAUUUUGGCAGAUGUUUGAAUCCUUUAAAUUAUUGUUACAAGAGGAUACCUGCUCGGUGGAUUUCGAAAUAUUGUUAAUUAGGUAGUAGUAAAUGCUAAAUGGUAGAGGUUUCAUCAGUUUUGUGAUUCUUCUAUCAUUAUUGAAUGAUAAACAACGGUUGUCUAGUCUAGGCUGUUGAAUAGGUGGCAUCAAAAAGGAGUAGUGGGAAAUGGCUAUGGUCAACAAAACACGGAACAUGCUUGAGGGCCUGGUAAAAGAAGGGUCUUUCAAGUGGUUAACUAAACCACAGUGUCCAUUCAAUGAUGAGAUUGAGGAGAUGAGAAAUUCUCCAUCUGCUGGGAAGAACUGGCUGCACGAUCUCUCUCCUGUGGCAAAUGUAGUGGUGCGGAGAUGCUCAAAAAUCCUCGGCAUCUCCAUGUCCCAACUUCGAGAAAACUUUAAUGGAGAGGCUUCUGAUUCUUUAAAGCAUCCAUCAAACUUAGCACGGAACUUUUUGGAAUACUGUUGCUUUAGGGCUCUUGCUCUGUCUAUUCGAGAAACUGGUUAUCUGGAUGACAAAAAAUUUCGUCGGCUUACAUUUGACAUGAUGGUUGCUUGGGAGUUUGCUGCAGCUGCGAGCAAACCAUUUCAUAAUAUGGAUGAGGAUGUCUCAGUUGGGAUCGAGGCUUUUUCUCGAAUUGCUCCAGCUGUUCCCAUUAUUGCCAAUAUGAUUGUCAGUGAUUAUAUCUUUGAGGUGCUUGCAGCUUCGACCAGUGGCCGGCUUCACUUUUUUGUCUUCGAUAAGUACCUUAGUGGAUUGGAAAGGGCAAUGCGAAAAUUGAAGAGCCAAUCAGAAUCAUCACUCCUUUAUUCCCUACGAUCAGAAAGAGGGGAGAAGAUCCUGGAAGUGGAUGGAACAGUCACGAGCCAGCCCGUUCUUGAACAUGUGGGAAUUUCAACAUGGCCUGGUCGGUUAACUUUGACAGAUCACGCUCUAUACUUUGAAGCUCUUCGUGUUGUUUCUUAUGAUAAAGCAAAAGUAUAUGAUCUAGCUGAUGACUUAAAGCAAGUUGUUAGACCUGAGCUGACGGGACCGUGGGGGACCAGGCUUUUUGACAAGGCCGUCUUCUAUAAAUCAAUUUCAUUAUCGGAGCCCGUCGUAAUGGAGUUUCCAGAGCUUAAAGGUCAUACCCGUCGUGAUUACUGGUUAGCUAUUAUUCGUGAAGUUUUAUAUGCCCAUAGAUUUAGACGUAAGUUUGAGAUCAGUUCUCUAGAGAAGGAUGAAGUGCUGCUGAAAGCGAUUUUUGGGAUUCUGCGUCUACAAGUACUUGAAGAAAUGGGUUCUGCAAUCCCUGUUUCCUGUGAGGCUCUUCUUAUGUUCAACGUUUGUGACCAGCUUCCAGGUGGGGACCUAAUUUUAGAAAAACUUGCGAACAUGUCUACAAUGAGAGAAUUAGACCACACAAACUCAGCCAAAUCUGGAAGUGGGAUGUAUUCAAUUUCAGCUUUAGCAAUUGCUUCUAAUUUGGGAUUUGCGUCAGGAACAAGUUCUAGUGUAGCUAGUGAGGCAGGAUUGUUUGUUGGUGAAAUUGCUGUUGGAGAGAGGACUCCUUUGGAGAAAGCAGUUGAAGAAGCUAGAAGCAGCUAUAAAAAGGUAGUGCAUGCGCAAUCUACAAUAGAUGGAGUUAAAGUUGAUGGAAUUGACACCAACUUGGCAGUGAUGAAGGAAUUGCUUUCUCCUCUAACUGAAGUUGGAAAUUGGCUUCUUUCUUUGCUUUACUGGGAAGACUAUUUGAAGUCCUCGGCAUUCUGUUUGGUUUUCACAUAUAUUAUCUGGAGAGGUUGGCUAGGUUAUGCCUUUGCAAUAUUGCUCAUCUUUUUUGCAGUCUUCAUGUUGGUCACCCGUUGUUGUGGCCAAGGAAAGCCAGGCUAUGAACUCAAAGUAAUAGCACCCCCUGUAAUGAAUACCAUGGAGCAACUUUUGGCUGUUCAAAAUGUAAUUUCUCAAGCUGAAGAGGUAAUCCAGGAUGGAAAUGUUGCUCUUCUCAAAUGCCGUGCCUUACUUUUAUCCAUUUUUCCACAGGCGACAGAAAAAAUUGCUAUUGCACUCUUGGCGAUGGCUUUACCGUUGGCAUUGUUACCAGUAAAGUACAUUGUUCUACUUGCUUUUCUUGAAACAUUUACAAAAUACUCACCUCUUAGGAGAGAGAGCACUGAAAGGUGGAUGAGAAGAUUGCGAGAGUGGUGGUUCAGUAUACCAGCUGCUCCUGUUGUUCUUGAAAGGGUUAAAGAAGAUAAAAAGAAAGAGUGACGUAAUAUUUUCAACAUUGUUCGUUCGAAUAACUAUCUUGAGGAUAUCUUUGGAUUGUAAAUUUGUAAAUAUGGAUAUAAAAACAUUUGUCUUGUAAUUUGAGUGUUUCAUGGCUUGUAUGGAUCUUGAGUGCUUUUGAUCACAGAACUUUUCAAAGUGCUCAAAGAUCGUAAUGGUCUUGCCCCAGCAUGCCGAAUUGGCCUUAUUAUUAUUAUUAUUAUUUUGAAUACUGUUAUUUAGCACC